AUGGAAAUGAAUGGCAAUAGGACCCAAAAUGACCCUGAGCGAAGAAUCACAGACUUGGCGGCGCUUCCCCCUGAACUGCACCUCCUCAUAGCCAACUUCCUUCCCUUCCCCUUCAACAUACACCUCAAAUUAACCUGCUCCUACUUUAACUCGCUCAUACCACCGCUCACCCACGACGAGCUCCUCCUCGCAGAACGGACCGACCAUGCCGUAGCCCAUGACCUCUACGUAUGUUGCUACUGUCUGCGUCUCCGACCGGCGUAUCAAUUCGCACAGCGUAUGCUCCAGCGAAGACGGAGUAAAGGCGCCCGGGACGCGAGGAAGCGGUUUUGCGUCGAUUGUGGGCUCAUGCAGCGUGGUGAAGCUGAGGAGGCGAGGUAUGGGCCUGGGGCGCAGAUUGUCGUGCAGGGGGUUUCGUACGUGCUGUGUAUUGUGUGUAAGAGAUUUGAGGUCAGGGCGAGUGAAUCCGAUGGGCGGUAUCCUUCGUUGUGUAGGAACUGCUUUGAGCGGAGUGCGGUAGAAAGGACAAAAAUGACACGGCAGGAAACAGAGAGGAGACGACAAGCAGAAGAGCGCAACCAACAGAUCUCUUUCACAGAACUUUUACAGCACUGA